AUGUCUGCGAAAAACAGAACUAAACAAGAAAAAACUGAAGAUGUCAUAGCAUACAGCGAAGGUGCUGUAAGAAAUAAUGCAGCAGUUGUUGAAUACUGCAAAAUAUCAAUGUCCGCGUUAUCCGGCGGAACUGCUGGUUUAUUAGGACUAACUGGUCUUUAUGGUUUCGGUUUUUAUAUCUUUGCUGUAGUUAGUUUAUGGGGAAUGUUAUUAUUUAAAGCUAGAGGAAAUUGGAAGAAAUAUUUUAUCAGUCGUUACAGUUUGCUGACAAAUGGAUUUUUUGGCGGUCUAUUUACGUACAUUUUAUUCUGGACAUUCCUGUACGGCAUGGUCCACGUUUAUUAA